CAUCGAUCACAUCCCAUGCCAUCACAAGCAAAGCAAAGCGAAGCCUAAUCGUGUUCGUGUUGGCCAUGGGGCUCAACAGAACACAGUUGUUUUCUGCCUUCGCCCUGGCCUUGCUCCUCAUGUCCCACAGUGUGGAGGCGAUUCAUCCCCGUCCCCGGAUAUGCCAUUCCCCAAGCCAUCUUUAUCAUGGCCCAUGCAACAACAGGAAAUGCGUGGAGGUGUGCCACCACGAGCACUUCACCGGCGGCUACUGCUCACGUAAAGUGGUUGUCCGUGACCUGAUGGAUGAGAACCUUAUUAGAAGAAAAAGAAAACCUUAUUGUGAAUGUACCAUAAGGUGCGACCAUAGUCCUCCACCACCAUCGGAAGUGCCUGAGCCGCCGCCAUCCCAAGGGCCACCACCACCAAAUGUCAUGCCGGCGGGAAAAGUCUCUGGAGGCAUGAACCAUUGACUGAAAGGAUCAUUUUCGUGUCUCCAUGGAAAUCUUCAAUUUAUAAGGAACUAGACAUGCAUGAUUGAUCGUAUGAAAAUAAUUUGAAGUACAGAAGCAAUAAUAAGAAAAACCUCUUUAAUUUC